AUGGCCACAGACAACUCCGAAUACCCACCCUACACGCCAAUGCCCUCCCUGCACCACGAGCUAGGGCUAUUAUUCGGCUUCCUCUCUCUUUGCAUAGUAGUCAUGGGCGUAUAUACUGCUCUCUGGCGUGUAUCCCAAACCCGCCUCGACGCCCAAGACCUCGCCCGCCGCAAAGCCUUCCGCGCAAAAGCACCGGCAUCCCCAGACCCUCACCUCGGAACAUUCACCACAAUCCAAAGUCCCGGAGGAGUCCUGCCCUGCGAGAAGAUGCUCGACCGCUACGCCAUGCCCGAGAACCGCGUCGAGCUGCCUGUGCACGGGAUGGAUCUGUACGCUAGCGGGAAGGGUGUAUCUGCGGACGAUAGGGGGGGGUGUGGGGUCAUCGCGGAUUGGGAGUCCAUUGGGCGGAUCUAG